AGGCACAAGUGCAGAGCCCGGUGGGUAUACAAGGUUCCCAUACAAGCCCCUGGUCCAUUGCUCGCCGGGCACCCAGGGCGCGAGGACACAAUCCGAUCACACCGUGCUCAUCUGCGCGCAAGGAUGCUGCGCUUCCUGUUAUCCCUAUUCCUUUUGACAUGUACAACAUUAGUGUCCAGUGUGGAGCGCACCAUGCUCCCCGAGCUACCACCAGGCGAGGCUCCUGACCCCAUCCUGACCUUCAUGGAGCGCACCUACAAAUCUGGACGCGCUAGGUCCGGCUUCGACGCUGGAUCUCCCGUCCUGCUCACACCGUUCCUAGAGCAAAACAAACUGGAGGAAGCCAGGGAGGCGGCUAAAGUAGAGUCUGAUUACCUGCUUCCCGAUAUGGACAGCUACGCAGGAUAUCUUACUGUGAAUAAAGAAUACAACGCCAACUUGUGGUUCUGGUACUUCCCGGUCUCAGACAAGUCCGUGGAGGAGACGCCGUGGAUCCUGUGGCUCCAAGGAGGGCCGGGAGCUUCCUCCCUCUACGGCCUGUUCACGGAAAUCGGACCUUUUGUCGUCACCAAAGAUCACACUUUAGAAGAAAUCAAAUACUCCUGGGGCAAAAAUCAUUCGCUCCUCUUUAUAGACAACCCUGUUGGCACCGGUUUUAGUUUCACUGAUGACGACCGCGGAUUUGCGACUAAUCAGACCACGAUCGGAGAAAACUUGUACACGGCGCUACAACAAUUCCUGACAAUGUUUCCCGAAUUGCGGAAGGCUCCAUUGGUAAUAGCGGGGGAGUCGUACGCGGGCAAGCAUAUACCAUCGCUGGGUGUGCAAAUAUUAUGGCAUCGGGAAGAGAACGACCCAAUCAAUCUGCAGGGGUUGGCUAUCGGCAACGGCUUCAUCGACCCAUUGAGCCUGCAGCGGUACAGCUACUUCGUUCGCGAGGCUGGCCUGGUGGACGACAAGGUGGCUGACUUCAUGAACCACCUCGAAACGGCAGUCACGCAAUUCAUUAAGAACGGGGAAAUGCUGAAAGCUUACGCGUAUUACAACUACCUGCUGCAGAUAUUCUUACAAGAGUCGCAUCUGUCUAACUUAUACAACUUCCUGCAAGAUGAUAUCAGCCUAGAUGGCGCUUACAUGGACUACAUCCAGAGCAGCGAAGUUAGGCGCGCACUCCACGUGGGCAACACGAACUUCACGUCGAUAGGGGUGGUGUACAGAAAACUGGUGCCAGACUUCAUGGGCAGCGCUAAGAUGUGGCUAGAGGAGCUGCUGGAGAACUACAGGGUUAUGCUAUACAACGGUCAUCUGGAUAUAAUAGUGGCUUACCAUCCGUCUGUGAAUACUUACAAUUCAUUAACAUUUUCCGGGUCGUCAGAAUUCGAGAAAGCAAAACGGCUACCCUGGUAUCAUGAUGGUCAAUUGGCAGGCUACUACAAAACAGCCGGCAAACUCACCGAGGUGAUGAUACGUGGUGCCGGGCAUAUGGUGCCUGCGGACCGGCCGGCGGCUUCGCUCGGUCUCAUAUCGGCCUUCGCUCGGAACCUGUCACUAGGCAACGAUACUGCCUCGUUAGUUGCGUCCGAUAGGAGCGCGCUACGACAUCGUCGAGUGACAAUUAAAUAAACUGCAGCAAUGUUCCUUUAGCACCUUUACUUGUUACACCGCAGUGUUGGCGGCACCUUACGCUACAGGAGCCUCAGAAGCGUCUCUAGCCAGGGUGUAAUCAUUACCCUAGCGAAGCCCAGGUAGGCUCGCGUUCAAAAUUAAAUGAUGGCAUGUGAUGCUCGGCUCCUCAUUCAUAAGUCUUAUGACCGCAGUCCAUGCAUUUACAACAUAAAAGUCCAUUAAGGGUUUCUUAACAUGUAAUUAAAUGAAGUUCAUUUACAACUACCGCUAGUUGGUGGUUGUAACUGAACUUUAAUCACCACCACGUCGUUGACCGUUGUCGUCGUUAAACCCACAUCUACCAUGUAGCUAACUAGAGGGUAACAAUUAACUAAAAGUAAAUUUUAACAUUUUAGACCCUGUUUCGUUGAUAAAACUGAUCAUGUAACAGCGUAUCGAAACUUCAUCUUUAUAUAUAUAUAAUUCUUCUGUGAGUGUGUAUGUCACUGAACUUCUCUUAAACGA